AUGGCCUGGCAGAAGGACAUCUACCUGACACUCCUCCUCAUCCUCUGUGCCCUCUUCUUCGUCUUUGAGGUGUGUCGGUACCUGGCAGUCCAGCUGUCCCCAGCCAUCCCUGUGUUUGCAGCAGUUCUCUUCCUGUUUGCCAUGGCUACCCUCCUGAGGACCAGCUUCAGCGACCCCGGGGUGAUCCCCAGAGCCCUGCCUGACGAGGCAGCCUUCAUCGAGAUGGAGAUUGAGGCCACCAAUGGCACUGUGCCACAAGGUCAACGCCCUCCACCAAGGAUUAAGAACUUCCAGAUCAACAACCAGAUAGUGAAGCUGAAAUAUUGCUACACCUGUAAGAUCUUCCGUCCACCCCGCGCCUCUCACUGCAGCAUCUGCGACAACUGCGUGGAGCGCUUCGACCAUCACUGUCCCUGGGUGGGCAACUGCGUGGGGAAGAGGAACUACCGCUAUUUCUACCUCUUCAUCCUCUCGCUCUCACUCCUCACCAUCUACAUCUUCACCUUCAACAUAGUCUACGUAGCACUGAAAUCUCUGAAGAUUGGGUUUCUGAACACACUGAAGGAAACCCCAGGGACUGUACUGGAGGUGCUCAUCUGCUUCUUCACCCUGUGGUCAGUGGUGGGGUUAACUGGUUUCCACACCUUCCUGGUGGCACUGAAUCAGACAACCAACGAAGACAUUAAGGGGUCCUGGACUGGGAAGAACCGUGUGCAGAAUCCCUACAGCCAUGGUAACAUAGUGAAGAACUGCUGUGAGGUGCUCUGUGGGCCUCUGCCCCCCAGGUAAGCUCUUGAGGGGCAACCCUCUCAUUUUUACCCCCAGAGCCCCUCGUGCCCACGAGGACCUAGUGCUCAAGAACCCACUGCUGCUCAGGGUCCUGGUGGGCAAGCAGAGGAGAGCAGUGCCCAGCAGAAGGAUGGCAACCUUCCUCACCUGAGUGCCCUCCCUGCACCAUCCUUGAGCAACGCUGAGAUGCCAGAGGAGAAGCAACUACCACCUGGGGAGCUCCCGGUCCCAUCCCAGGACGCUGGGCAAGCAGAGCACUAACCUCUGCUUGAAAAGGAGAACUUUCUUGUUU